ACUACCCAACGAUAUUUCCAAAGUCAACCUGAAACGCACUCCUUUAUUCCUGGGGAAAUACCCACCGCUCUUUCCUCCCCCAGAGUGCUCGCAGACGAGACGACGCCGGAACAUUUCCUCACCGGAGGUAUAGCAAACGGAGGCGAGAAUGUCCGAGCAUCAAGUGUUCGUCGGCGCAAUCGAUCAAGGCACUACGAGCACCCGUUUCAUCAUCUACGACCGUUCCGCUCGACCCGUCGCAUCGCACCAGAUCGAGUUCACCCAGUUCUACCCUCAAGCCGGAUGGGUGGAGCACGAUCCGGUGGAGAUUGUGGAGAGUGUGAAGGCAUGUAUUGCUAAGGCGGUCGACAAGGCCACAGCCGACGGGCACAAUGUGGAUGGUGGUCUCAAAGCCUUGGGCCUCACAAAUCAGAGAGAGACCACUGUGGUAUGGAGCAAAUCCACCGGCCUCCCUCUCUACAAUGCCAUUGUCUGGAUGGACGCUCGCACUACUUCCAUUUGCAGAAAACUGGAAAAGGAAUUGGCUGGUGGGAGAACUCAUUUUGUUGAGACAUGUGGUUUGCCCAUAAGCACGUACUUCAGUGCGAUGAAGCUGCUAUGGCUAUUGGAGAACGUGGACGCUGUCAAGGAAGCAGUAAAGAAAGGGGAUGCGCUAUUUGGAACGGUCGAUACCUGGUUGAUUUGGAACAUGACCGGAGGGGUGGAGAAUGGCUUACACGUCACUGAUGUGUCCAAUGCAUCAAGAACUAUGUUGAUGAACCUCAAUACUUUGGAAUGGGACAAGCCAACGCUGGAUGUAUUGGGAAUCCCUCCUGAGAUUUUGCCGAAAAUCAUUAGCAACUCAGAGAUCAUAGGGAACAUUGCCAAGGGAUGGCCAAUCACAGACAUUCCCAUAUCAGGCUGUCUUGGAGAUCAACAUGCUGCAAUGGUAGGGCAAGCUUGUCAAAUAGGUGAAGCAAAGAGCACUUAUGGAACUGGUGCAUUCAUACUUCUUAAUACAGGUGAGGAGACAAUCAAAUCAAACCAUGGACUUUUGAGCACUUUGGCUUAUAAGCUGGGGCCAAAUGCUCCUGCGAAUUAUGCAUUGGAGGGGUCAAUUGCCAUUGCUGGUGCAGCUGUUCAGUGGCUAAGGGACAGUCUCAACAUAAUCAGCAGUGCAAGUGAGAUAGAGACACUGGCAUCUAAGGUUGAUUCGAGUGGGGGAGUUUAUUUCGUGCCUGCAUUCAAUGGGCUGUUUGCUCCAUGGUGGCGCGACGACGCCCGAGGAGUUUGUAUUGGAAUCACAAGGUUCACAAACAAGUCUCACAUUGCCCGAGCCGUUCUUGAGAGCAUGUGUUUUCAAGUAAGAGAUGUGUUGGAGUCGAUGCAUAAAGAUGCUGGGGAUAAAGGUGAGGUUAAGAAUGAUCGCGGAGAAUUCAUUCUGAGAGUUGAUGGUGGCGCUACCGUUAACAAUCUUCUAAUGCAGAUUCAGGCGGAUUUGUUAGGUAGUGCAGUGGUGAGGCCAGCGGAUAUAGAGACGACAGCGCUUGGGGCUGCUUUUGCUGCCGGAUUAGCCAUCGGAGUAUGGACUGAAGAGGAAAUAUUUUGUUCUUCCGGCGAGAAAAUGGAAAAGGCCACCGUUUUCCAUCCAGUGAUCGAUGAUGAGUUGAGGAAGAAGAAGGUGGAUUCUUGGUGCAAAGCUGUUGAGAGAACUUUUGACUUGGCCGAUCUCUCUCUGUAAUCAAUUUAUUCAUAAAUGACAGUCUCUCUUAUUUUCUUCUUCUUAGCGUUUUUUUGUUUGUUUACUUAUUCAUAGAUUACUGCUACAUUUUUCUUGUAACUCAAAAGUAUAAGAGAAAAAAAAACCCCCCCGACCAAUAAGCUAAGGAAUACCUGCAGCAACCUCUUUUUGGGACAAAAGUAAGUUAAACGAUGAAAAUUGUUGACAACCAAUUGGUCAGAUAUAAGUGAAAUUUGCGGUAAAUAGUAUUAAAACAUAUGUCUUUUC